AUGGAGAGUCAAUUUUUACCAGAAAUCGAUCCAGAAUUGGAUUACCAAUACAAUACUACAAAUUGGCUUAUUAAAACUAGAGAACCAGGUUGUUUCGGAGACAGUGCAAUCAAACACCUUAUGUCAAUUCUCCUUAAACAAAGUGAACUUUCAAGAUCAUUAUUUUCGGAUAGAGGUGUUUUCAGAGUUCCAUUCAGUGACGAUAUUGUGCUUGAGGAAGACGGUUUCGGAGAAUAUUCUUUCGAUUGGUUUCCCCCAGCAAAUCCGUCAGUAUCACCAGCAAAUAUUGUGGUGUAUAUUCAUGGUGGUUAUUGGAAAGCAAUUGGAUGGAGAGAGUGUAGUCAUUGGGCUCUUCCAAUCGCCAAUGCUGACUGUAUAUUCGUUUCUUUAGCCUAUAAACUAGCGCCAAAAGAAAAACUUGAGCUCAUGCCACAAUGUUUAUGUCUCGGAAUGCAAAAGGUCAUAAACCUUACUCAGAAAAUGUUCAGCCAGCAGGAUGUUACGAAACUCAAUAUCACCUUAGUUGGUCAUUCCGCGGGGGCUCAUUUGGUACUUGAAAUGAUACAUCAUGCUCAGAAGCAAGUUGCAGCAAAUGAAAAUUGGCUGACUUGUUUGAGGAAUCUUGUUUUAAUUUCAGGUGUAUAUGACCUGCGUCCAAUCAUUAGAACAAAUGUGAACAAAGCAUUGAAACUUAAAUCAGUUGAAGAGGCUUGGUGUGUAAGUCCUAUCCGCCAUUUCAUGCAAGAUGAUGUAAGCAUGUUGCUACAAAAACCACUUCACUGGCUUGUUGCUUGGACGGAAUAUGAAUCACCAGCUAUGCAGAAACAAUCUAAAGUUCUAACAGAAAUGUUAGACGAAGCAUCAAAAAGAAACAAGCAGUUUACCUACGAGUCGUUCUGCAUCGAAAAUGAAGAUCAUUUCACAAUUAUCCUAGGACUUCAUAAUGGUUCGAAUAGCAGUUGUAUGUUGGAAAAGAUCCUGCAGUUAAUCAACAAUACAUGCAACUGA